AUGAAUCCCACACCCGAGAUCGCACCGCUGCUCAAGCGUCUCCGCCUGUCAGGAAUCCUCGAGAGCCUCGAGGAGCGCCAUCGCCAGGCGAUCGCCAAGAAGCUCCCGUACACCGACUUCCUCGCCCUGCUCAUCCAAGACGAGGUCGCUCGGCGCGACCAGAAGAAAUUCGACCUGCGCCUGAGGCGGGCCGGCUUCCAGUCGAACAAGACGAUCGAGAGCUUCGACUUCGAUUUCAAUCCGAGCGUCCACCGCGAGCUGCUUCAAGAGCUUGCCAGCUGUCGCUUCCUCGACGAGCACACCUGCGUGCUGAUCGCCGGGCCCUGUGGCACCGGCAAGAGCCACAUUGCCCAGGCUCUGGGGCAUUGCGCCGUGCGCGCCGGCCACGACGUGUUGUUUAGCACUACCAGCAAGCUGCUGGGCUCGCUCAACGCGGCCCGAGCCACCGGCACCUUCGAGCGCCGCUUCCAGACCGUGGCUCGGGUCGAUCUCCUGAUUCUCGACGACUUCGGCCUCAAGCCCUUGCGGCCACCGCAGGACGAGGAUCUACAUGACCUGAUCGCCGAGCGCUACGAGCGCGCCUCGACCCUGGUGACCAGCAACCUCGACUUCACCGAGUGGGGCGAUGCCUUCACCAACCGCCUGCUCGGUGCCGCCACUCUCGACCGUCUGCGAGACGCCGCCUACCGAGUCGUCCUCGACGGCGAGAGCUACCGCAAACCCAGGCCCAUGCCCAAGCCUCGCAAGAGCGCUGGCAGCACCAAGGACCAGAAGACCAAAAAAGGAGAGCGAACCGCUUGA